AUGGCUCCCCCUUACCGCUGCAGCAGCCACCGGAGCCUGGCGGGAGGCCGUACGGCGUUGCCGGGCUCGCUGCUCUUCGCCGCCGGGCUGGUGGGCAACGUGCUGGCGCUGGGCUUCCUUUGGCACCACCAGCUGCGCGCCCGGCUGUUGCGCGGGGGCCGCCCGGCGCGGGCUUCGCCUUUCUACCUGCUGGUGAGCGCGCUGGCCACCACCGACCUGCUGGGCAAGUGCCUGCUCAGCCCCAUCGUGCUGGCCGCCUACGCCCGCAACCGCAGCCUCAGCGAGCUGUGGCCGUCGGAAGGAGGAGGAGACGCGGGCGAGGCGUCGCCGGGCAAGCUGUGCCAAAUCUUCGCCUUCCUCAUGGCCUUCUUCGGCCUGGCGCCCACCGCCCUGCUGCUGGCCAUGGCGCUGGAGUGCUGGCUGUCGCUGGGCCGCCCCUACUUCUACGAGCGCCACACGAGCCGCCGUCUGGGCGCCCUCCUCACCGGCGCCGCCGUGGCCCUGUGCGCCCUCGUGUGCGCCCUGCCGCUCCUCGGCUUUGGCCGCGCCGUCCAGUACUGCCCGGGCACCUGGUGCUUCAUCCGCAUGGCCGGCGCCGGGAGCCGCUACUCCGUCGUCUACGCCAGCCUCCUGGGCCUGCUGGUGCUGGCCGUCGGCCUCUGCAACGUGGCCAGCAUGCGGAGCCUCUACGGCAUGGCGCGCCGCCAGCCCCCCCGCACCGGCUCCGUGGCCGGGGCUCCUCCGCCGGGCGCCAAGAAGCUCUCGGGCGUUUUACGCGCCGGCCGCAUGGAGGAGCUGAGCCACCUCGUCCUCCUGGCGCUCAUGACCGUCACCUUCGUCGUCUGCUCCCUGCCCGUGAUCAUCCGUGCUUACGUUGGAGCAUUUGCCCCAGAUCAGAAUGAGGAUGCUGACCUCAUGGCCCUCCGUUUUUUCUCUGUGAACUCCAUCGUCGACCCCUGGGUCUUCAUCAUCUUCCGGACUUCUGUGUUUCGCACCUGCCUCCACCGGGUCUCGAGAAAGCUGAGUUCAAAGAGAGGCCCGCAUUCUCAGCUCCUGGAAACGACAUCACGGAAGGAUUCAGGGCAGCUGCAAUGAGAGCGCGGCUUUCUUCCAUUUCCUGGAGGGGGAGCUGACAUCGUUGGACGUCCAGCUGGUCUGUGGAACGGCCCAAAGCG